AUGCCUUUCGUAUUUUACGGAUCUUGUCUUCUUCUUCUGAUCUUUUCCGGUUCAUCUGCAACAGUAGGAGCCGAACAAGAAGUUGACAAGGAUAUCGUUGUCAAAUUGCCUUGUUCAAAGAUCUACUGCCUCACAAGCUGCGGUGAAUUGGGAUUGGAGUACCUCGACGUGCAAAUAACAGGAUUUCCUUUUGUUCCAAACGCAAAGGAAUUUAAUGCUAACAUUUCAUUUAUUCCAAGAAAGAUGAUCACUUACAUUGCUGCUACUUUCAAUUUCUCUAUAAGUAUUGACAAGUUUCCCGACACGACGCCUAUCACUCUGUUCAAAACUUACAUUGGAUGUGGAGAACAUGACAGUUCACUAUUCCAUUGCCCACUGCUUGCAAGAAGUAUGACGCAAUACUUAGAACAUUAG